AAACUUGUUCUAAGACAUUUUGAUCUUUUCUGCACACUUGAAACUUAUUUUAACUCUCCCUUACUUACCCCUGUGAUUACCAGUUUAACUGCGUUAUUUUAAAAUCUGGGUUAUUAAUUAAAAGCGAUUCCUCCUUGGAGCUUAGGUGUUCAUCAAUUUGUGAUUGCACUUGAAUAGAAAAUUUUUGUACGCUUUGUUACCACCAAGAGCCAAAGCACUACUGUGCAGUCCUGAAUAUCCCGGCCAGGAGCAAAGAACUGGUGAUGGGGACAAAAAUCUCUGGAGCUGUGCAAGAGUCCAACUGCCCAGCGCUGGCUUUUAUCACAUGCUGGGACAAGGAUCACGUGGAGAGGCGGGGAGCCAGCCCUGCAGAGCCCAGGUGGCAUCACCGUGCUGGAGGUGGGAUCUGGGCAGUUUCUGCCCCCAUGGCAUCUGUGACCCAGCAGCAGAUCCAGAAGUUCCACGAGGAUGGCUUCCUCGUCCUGGAGCAGUUUUUCAGUGCAGAGGAGUGUGACAGCAUGAGGAGCCAGAUCCAGAGAAUCGUGGCGGAGAUGGAAGUGCCGCCGCACUGCCGCACCGCCUUCUCCACCAGGCAGGAGGAGCAGGUCCAGGAGCAGGGUAGCUCGGAUUAUUUCAUAACCAGUGGAGACAAGAUUAGAUUCUUUUUUGAGAAAGGUGUUUUGGAUGAGAAAGGUAACUUUCUAAUUCCAAAGGAGAAGUCUGUCAGCAAGAUUGGCCAUGCUCUACACGCUUACGACCCUGUCUUCAAGCAAAUCACCCACUCCCCCAAGGUGCAGGAACUGGGAAGAAAACUAGGCCUUGAGAGACCAGUAGUUGUGCAGAGCAUGUAUAUCUUCAAGCAACCUCGUAUUGGUGGUGAAGUGACACCACACCAAGAUGCCAGUUUCCUGCACACGGAGCCCCUGGGCAGGAUCCUGGGGUUCUGGAUUGCCCUGGAAGAUGCCACACAGGAGAAUGGCUGCUUGUGGUUCAUCCCUGGCUCUCACACCAAUGGGAUUAACAGGAGGAUGGUCCGUGCACCUUCAGGUGCCUCAACGUGUGUAGAGUUUGUAGGCUCAGAGCCAGCCUACGAUGACAAGCAGUUCAUACCUCUGCCCAUAAGAAAAGGUGGACUCAUCCUCAUCCAUGGCGAGGUUGUCCAUAAGAGUGAACUCAACAGCUCGGAGUCCUCUCGCCACGUGUUCACCUUCCAUGUGAUGGAAGCCAAAGGCACCACCUGGAGCAAAGAGAACUGGCUUCAGCCAACCCCUGAGCUGCCUUUUCCAUCGCUCUACACUUGAAGUCAGUGGCUGGCUUGUGGAGUCAAUAGCUGAUCAAUAUUCCUUUCUGAUUGUUCAUUCACAAUCUCUUUAAAAGCAACCUUCACUAGAUCAGCUCUCAAUGUUAAUUUAUCCUUCUCCUCAAAACCAGGACUAUUAUAACAGCCCAAAACCUGCAGUAGACAGAAGCUUCUACUGCAGCAGGAGCCGUGCCAGUAUGAGAGUAGUCUCCCAGUCCUUUUAGUAAGCAAACACCUUCAGUCUUGAAAACAAACCAGUGAACACCAUUGCACCUUGACUGAGACCACUUACCAAGUAUUUCUCCUUGCAGAUACUCAGUGUUUUCCUGUGUUUAAGAGCUUAAAUGCAUUUCUUGGCUGGUUGACUCCAGCAAUGCAGGUAAACAUCUUGUGGGGAGAUGUUUGAUUUUCACCCCUAGUUUUCUGUGUUAUUGUUGGAAUAACAGUGAUAUAAAACAAUCUUCUUGUGGGUGAAAUGAAGCAAGAGGUCUGCUUUUUAUAGUCAAUCUUCUAAAUACUCCUGGCAGACAGUAGCUGUUUUAUCUCUUAGUGUGAUUAAAAAUACAACAAUUUUUAAAGAUUCAUGUUGAAAUGAUGGAAACAAAGAACUUCAAUCAAACUUUUUACACUUAAAUAAAAAGAUAGAAAUUAUUCUUUUCAUCUCCAUCAUCUUUUCUUUGAGGAAGACACAAUGUGACCUUCUUCCAACAGGUGGGGACAGUGCUGAAUUGUCUGGUGAGCAGCUGGAACUCUCAAUAUGUACAAGAAUAAUUUCUAUCCCCAAAACCUCACCAAACCCAAACCAGCUUAUAGCAAGGAAUGUUUGGAAAUGCAAGCUACAUCUCAGGAAAGCUCCAGUCUGUAUCCUGAACUGAACAGAAGCUGUGUAGGUGUGAUUUCACCAGCACUGGUACAGUGGCAACCCUGAGAUAGGAGCCCAGUGUCACCAAUACAGGAAUUAUAUCAGAGUAACCCUAAGGCUGCUGAGGGCUGUGGUAGAGUGGACCCAAAUCUUACUGACUCAUCCCUUUCAAAAGUAAAUUGGGGAGAUGGGUCAUGGCAACAGCAGGAACAUUGAAUGCAAAGUUUCUGAAUUCAAAAAUGACCUUUCCUACAGUUUGUUUGAAAGCUGGAAGCAGGGUGGAAGGAAAGCAAAUUUCUCUGGUGCAAUUUAUGACAUCAGUGGUGAAGGCUGUGGCUUGUGACAGAAACAACUCAAGUUUUUUUUUAGAAUUUUGCUGAGAAAGGAUAAUUUGUCCUGUACACUACCAGCACCAAAACCAUCUACUUCAAGUGCAUAAAUAAAAUAAAAAAACCUG